UGUUAUUAUGUGUUUCAGUCUUCAGUGUUCACCAGGCUACGACUCGCGCCCAAUCACGCGUUAUCACUGACCGGGACCGGACAUUUAAAAUUUCGAUUUUCAGCGUUUUCCGUCCGUGCGAGGUCAAGGAACGCGAACCGAGUCGUUACGAAACAUUUCACAAUAUUCGAUCUCUUCUGUGAUAACGUCGCUUUCAUUUCUAGUCGUUGUAAUCGUAAGCGUAACUCGUAACAACCGUAAGUCAGUUGUCACUUGUCUUGGAUUUUGACCACUACGGCAACUGACGCCGACAUUUUUGGCUUUUAUUUUGUGCUUGGAUCAACUCUCGGAAAAAUGGCCGGUCCGGGUGAAACCGCCGAACUCUACGGUCGCGUGAAAGCUGCCACGGACAAGUUUUUCGUCACUCUGCGCGAAGCCAGGAAUCUUGAGACCCAAGGCAAAACGAAUCUGGCUUUGCUGGAGUACGAACAGUGUCUGAACAUCAUCGACAAUGUCUUUUCGGUUCCACUGACUCGUCCAACCGACCUGAGUCUUGAAUGGACAGAGGUUGACAACAUACUACAGUACUUGAAAACUGAAAAAAAAGAGAUUUUAAACCGUAUCGUUGAGCUGCAAAGAGAUAGUGGUUCUAACAUGGCCGUUGACUGCAGGCCAAUGCAAAGUCCUCCAUCAUAUCAGGAAGCCACACGUUCGGACGAAGAGCAAUCUUAUAUUUCAGAACCUCCAGUUUCAUACAACCAAUUAUCAGCAAUGCUCAAUGACUUACGUGUCGACAUCGAACAGAGUUCAAUGGCAAUCCUUUUAGUUAGCUGUGAUAAUUCGCAAGUAUUUUUCAUUGCCGCUGAUGGUCAAGUAACAUCGCCAUCAGAGAAAUCAAAUGUUAAAAUUUUUAUGCUCGAAGGUACAAAUGCAGAAAGCACACAACGAUAUUUCCUUUGUAUUGAGGAUAUUUACUAUCCACUUGUCGCAAAUGGUUCACCAUGUCUUCGAACAGAGUUUGGGGCAUUUUUGUUUCCUGAUAUUGAAAAUAGAGACUCGGCUAUUGGUGUGUUAGUUCUUCCAGAACAUUUGGAACUUUUCACAGAUGUAUUAGAAGAUAUACUUAAAAAAUCAUUGAGAAAAGAGUCUGGAAAGGCCCGAGAAAAAGGUCACAACAUCUCAGCAAACAUUAUUAAGGGAGCUACUUUUCUAUCAAACGGAUUAGUGAAAGGGGCUGAAAAAACAACAAAUUUCAUGAACAACUCUACUCCUGGCUUACUCAAUUAUAUUAAACCUUCUCAAAGUGAUACAAAUGUCUGUUCUCCCAUGAAAAAAGGUGUUAAAGUUGCUAAAAAUGUGACGGGUACUGCUGCAGAUGUAACAUGUUAUGUCGCUGGAAAAAUAGGUACAGCGUCAUGUGUCGUUGGAAAAUUCCUCGCACCACAUGUUCAUAAAGGCGGAACUAAGAUUUUGACGGGUGUUACUAAUAUGGAUAAAAAUGAAGCGUCCCAGAAAAUGACAAAUGUAUUUGAUAUAGCGGCAGGUGCAAUUGAAGGUUUUAGCAUUGUCUAUGAUGGACUUGAGAAAUCUGGAAUAAUGCUGGGUAACAGUAUUUCAAACAAUACUGUUCUUAUAGUUCAUCACAGAUUUGGCAAUAACGUUAGUGAAGUCACUCAGGACACAUUUGACACAGUUGGCCAUGGGUUACGAUUCACUAGAAGUAUAAAGGAGUUGGGUCCCAAAAAUAUUGUAAAAUCUACUGUUAAAGAAACUGGACGUGCCAUGAUGGUACCUGAGAAUGAUUAGAAUAUUUUCUGUGACUAUGGAACCUAUAGGUAUGAAACUUUUCUGUGAUUAGUAUUUUUAUAUCUUUAUUGUUGUUAAUUUCAUAAUUUUAUUAUUAAAUAAUCAAAAUUAUUUUUAUAGAAAAAUAGUUAAGU